CAUGUUCUGAACGGCGCCCUGCCCGCUGCCCCACCAAAGAUGAAUGAAUGAAUGUUUGUUAGCCCGCCCAAACAACCCCUCACCUUUCUUUUGGACUGUCAUCAAUCUCAUUUCAUGCCCAGCCGCCAGCUUCCUCAAUCUGUCUGACUAUCCACUUGCCCACCUACCUAAUCCCUGCUUAGUCACUUCCACUCCCGAGCACUACUUCCCUUCUGCCUUCUCUCUCCCACUACUGACUUUGAAUCAUCCAUCCGCUCGCCCAUCUACCUUUGUGCCUCCUCUUCCACCAGCUUGUUCACCAAGCCCACAUAUAACAAGACACCCUCCUGCACAUCUCAAUCCCCUCUUUCAACAUGUCCUGGCAAGCCUUGUCGGCCCUGGCAACAUCGACAAAGCCAUCAUCUGCGAUGCCGCCGGAAGCGCCAUCUGGGCUCAAUCACCAGGCUUCACCGUAUCCGAGGAAGAGCGCAAGGCCAUCGCCGCUUCAUUCGCGGAUAAGAAGGAUGUCAAGGACGUCGUCGCACACGGCAUCAAAGUCUCCGGCGAGAAAUACAUGACCAUCGAGGCCUCCGAAGACGAGCUGAAAGCCAAGAAGGGCAAGGAAGGUAUUGUAGUGUACAAGACCGCACAAGCCCUUCUCAUCGGCCACCACGGAGUCGACGGUCAGACCACUGUCGCUUUCAACGACGUCGCCACGCUCGGCGAAUACCUCAAGAAAAUGGGCUACUGA